AUGGGUAUUACGAACCACGAACUCAAAUACUUGCUCAACGGCUCGUUUACGGAGACCACUUUGGACAAGCUGAUACUGAUGAGUGACCAAGACUGCAAGAACUGGAAUGGCAACCCGCUAUUCCGACAGUUUACAACCAACGUCGUCGGUACCUCGGUCGGCCACUGGAAGGCCCCAAAGCGCAUACGAGAAUGGGCGACCAGCGUCCUGAUGGAACACCUCGAAGACCAAGACAUCGAAAGGGAUGCUGCCGCAAAGAGGGUCGCGGCUGCAAAGGCUGACGAAGAGGCAGCUGCCGCCAGAAAGGCUGCCGCUGAAAAGAAGAAGGCCGAUAAGUUGGCCAUCGAGAUGGAGGCGUCUGCUGUACGAGACGACGCCAGACGCGCCGCAAAGGCAGCCGCGGCAAAGGAAGCUGCUGCUGAUAAGGCUGCCCUUCAAGCCUUCGCAAGGGCGGCCAAUGAAGCCCUUGCACGAGAAUGCGCGAGGAAGUCUACCAACAGUGUCGCUUCCGACAUCUACUUCGAAGGAGACAAUUUGAUCGCAUUCGAUUAG